UCAAUUCCAUAAAACCCAGUAAAGCAAUUGUUAGAGUUAUCUUCUGCGUGUAGUUGUUUCUACUUUCUACAAGCGGAUUGAGUUUUUGUAACGCCGAUACAUUUUUUAUGGUUUAUAAAGCGAUUGAAAAUUUGCAAUAAACGCAAUCAGACAGAUACCCAAAAUCAUUCGAGUGUUUCCUCGAAUAAAACCGCUCAAGGAAGAAACUAAACACGAAGCCAGAAGAUCCCACUUUUCUCUUUCAAUUUCCUUAUUACUUCCCAAAAUCUGGCAACCAUAGAAGGACUGAGGGCUCGUUCAUCGUUUAAACCUGAAAUCUUCGAUAUUAACAGCAACGACGAAGCGUGUAGGCCUUGGCGUCGCAGGUUGUCAAUGGCUUUCACCUGGGGCUCCUCUCUCAGAAUCACUCUUCUUCUCCUCCUUCUUGCUGCUAUCGUUUUCGCUUGUUUCACCCUCCCCGUUGAAAAGAUUCUGAAGGAUUUUCUGUUAUGGGUUGACAAGGAUCUUGGACCUUGGGGUCCACUUGUGCUGGCUGUUGCUUACAUUCCUUUGACAGUCUUGGCGGUUCCAGCUUCAGUGCUUACUCUUGGUGGUGGCUAUCUUUUUGGAUUGCCUGUGGGCUUCGUUGCAGAUUCUAUUGGUGCAACUCUUGGUGCAGGAGCGGCAUUCCUUCUUGGAAGAACGAUUGGGAGGUCAUUUGUUGUAUCUAAGUUAAAAGAUUAUCCUCAGUUCCAGUCAGUUGCAAUUGCAAUACGAAGAUCUGGCUUUAAGAUUGUUUUCUUGCUUCGACUUGUACCCUUACUCCCAUUCAACAUGAUGAAUUAUCUGUUGUCAGUGACUCCGGUUCCAGUUCUAGAAUACAUGCUGGCCUCCUGGUUAGGAAUGAUGCCAAUAACCCUUGCUUUAGUUUAUGUCGGAACAACUCUUAAGGAUCUUUCUGAUGUGACACAUGGAUGGAGCGAGUUUUCAACUACUCGUUGGGCAUUUCUCAUAAUGGGCCUUUCCGUGUCUGUGGUUUUAAUAAUUUGUGUGACCAGAGUUGCCAAAUCGGCUCUAGAUAAAGCCUUGGCUGAAAAUGAGGAUAUCGAUAGCAUCGUAGGCGCGCCGCAGUUGCCUAUUGUUAGAGAAGCACUCCACGAGCCUCUUAUAAUUAAGAUAGACGGAAGCGACGAUACUCAUGAAAAAUGAAGUAAAAUUACCUGUAAAUUCUUGUCUCCUUUCUUUAUUUACUGUGGUUCUAGUUUUUCAUAGAAAUAGCUGAUUAUACAAUUGAGAAAUUGCUGAGAAUAAGCCAUUUAAGUUUAGGUUGCUGAAUGAAAAUCAACGAAACAAUUGA